CCACUAUUAGGUUGAUAGGUUCACUUCAAUGAUUCAAUUCUAGCUGUUUCAAAACCUUAAUUUGCAGAGACUUUUCAAUGGGUUUCUUCAAAUUUGUGUCUGUGAUUUUGGUUUUUACUCUUUUUUGGCCGCCAAUAUCCAUUUAUUCACUGAGACUGAGUUCAGCUGAAUUAGCAGAUAUUCCAACCAAUUUCUUAAACUAUGCUAAGAAACCAGAGCUUGCUAAAUGGAUGGUUGAUGUUAGAAGGAAAAUUCAUGAGAACCCAGAACUUGGAUUUGAAGAAUUUGAAACAACUAAGUUGAUUAGAGAAGAGCUGGAUAAAAUGGGUAUUGUUUAUAAAUAUCCAAUUGCUGUUACUGGUGUUAUAGGUUAUGUUGGAAGUGUUGAACCACCUUUUGUUGCUUUAAGAGCUGAUAUGGAUGCUCUUCCUAUGCAGGAGAUGGUGGAGUGGGAACAUAAAAGUAAAGUUCCUGGGAAGAUGCACGCUUGUGGGCAUGAUGCUCAUGUUGCAAUGCUCCUUGGUGCAGCAAAAAUCCUUCAAGAUCAUCGCCAAGAGUUGAAGGGAACCAUUGCCUUAAUUUUUCAACCUGCCGAAGAAGGAGGAGGGGGUUCAAAGAGAAUGAUAGAAGCUGGUGCGUUGGAGAACGUCGAUGCUAUCUUUGCAUUGCAUGUGACUGCUAGGACACAUGCUGGCUCUGUAUCCUCCAGACCUGGCCCUAUCCUAGCUGGGUGCGGCAUUUUUGAGGCAGUGAUUAGUGGAAAGGGGGGUCAUGCAGCAAUCCCACAGCAUACGGUCGACCCAAUAUUAGCUGCAUCGAAUAUAAUCCUUAGCUUGCAACAUCUUGUUUCACGUGAAGCUGAUCCUCUAGACUCACAGGUAGUAACAGUUGCAAAAUUCCACGGCGGUGGGGCAUUCAAUGUUAUUCCAGAUUCAAUCACCAUUGGAGGUACUUUUAGAGCCCUUUCGAAGGAAAGCCUUGUGAAGCUCAUGCAUCGGAUCGAAGAGGUCAUCGUAACACAAGCUGCAGUCAACAGAUGCAAUGCUAGUGUCGACUUCUUCGCAGAUGAUAAGCUUUACCCUGUAACUUAUAACAAUGAAGCGCUGCAUCAGCAUUUCAUAAAUGUAGCAGGAGACAUGUUAGGUACCCGAAAAGUGGAAGACAUGAAAACAAUAAUGGGAUCAGAAGAUUUUUCAUUUUUCUCCGAGCAGAUUCCUGGAUACUUUUUCUUUCUCGGGAUGAAGAACGAAUCGCUUGGAAAAUUUGAGACGGCUCAUUCCCCUUACUUCACUGUCAAUGAAGAUGUACUUCCUUACGGUGCAGCAUUGCAUGCAUCAUUGCCAUUGGCUACUAGGUAUCUACUUGAAUUCGAAGUGUUAUCUCAUCUCUUGAAAAGAAAUGUCCGCAAUGAAUUGUAAGGACUCUUUUCGUAAUUACUGUAUGUAGGAUUCUUUUCUAGAAUAAGAAUAGCACUAUUUUGAGAACAAUGAAGAAGAGCCAACAGAACUAGUGGAGGACCUUGCUCACAAAACUAAUCGCUUGUUUCAUUCCCACUUGUUUCCAUGCUGCAAAUGUUUUCAGCAGCUAAAUUGCUUGUAAAUAUCAUGGUCAUGGACCACCCAUUCUUUUAAUCUCUUUGCUUUCCUUACAAACUCGUGUCCAUGUGUUAAAUGACAAUGUUAUGAGUAUUGAGAUUUGAGAGGAUACCAGCGUGAUGCUACACUUACAAGUUGUUUGUUUAUUCUCACUCGUUUGAAUC